AUGAAGAGCCUUUUGUUAACUGUUAUGAUCAUUGGGAUCGCGGGGGCGAGUGAAUUAGAAAAUGGGAUGUCAGCAACCGAAGAAACAGUGAAACGAGGGCUCACUGCCAAAUGCGUGUCGAGGGAAACUUCGUCUUGCAUCGCUGCUGAACUGGUCGGAUAUGUGGACCGAAUGUUGAGAACCGCUGCCAUCCAGUUAUCCGAUGAUCUUACGAUUAUGGAUGAGAGCAAUGGAGCUGCAGCAGAUAUACCAAUCAAGAGUGAGUCUCUCGCCAGAGCUGGUACGUCACUCGAGGAUAAAGCACAGCAACUAAUUAUGGACAAACUUUGGAACUUCGCUACAACUCGCUCUCUAAGAUACAGACUGUUUGAUAACGCUGAUGUCGUGAUUGCUGGGAAAAAGGAGCAAGACGGCACUUUGGGUGUCGGAGUUUCAAUGAAAGCCCACAAAGCAAUCGAAAGCGGCAGAGCCAGAAACAAGAACAUGGGACCGUUCCUUGCAGCUGCUGCCAUGAAAUUUGGUCUACUUGGCGCUUUGACCUUCAAAGGUCUUUACCUCAUGGUCGGAAAGGCCCUCCUAAUCUCCAAGAUCGCACUACUGUUGGCUACAAUCAUCGGAUUGAAGAAGCUGUUCUCUCCUCAGCUAUCCUUUUUUAUUAUAUUAAUAAAAAAGAGAUGGUGUUUCACUUUGUAA